AUGAGCGAUACCAUUUCCAACACUCAGGUUCACGUCGAGGAGGAUGGCCACAAGGUCUUUGUCGGCAACCUGUCCUUCCAGACCACCGAGGCUGAGCUCUCUGAGCUCUUCAGCAAACCCACCCCCGUUUUGAGGGCCAACAUCAUUACCCACGGCACUCGCUCCCGCGGAUAUGGUUUCGUUGCUUACGAGACCCUCGCCCAGGCCCAGCAGGCUGCUACCACCUACAACAAGAUCGAGUUGGGUGGUCGUGAGAUCAAUGUCGAGGUCGCCAAGCCCAAGGUCGAGCGUGCUCCUGCCGCUCCCAAGGCCAAGACCCCCAAGCAGCCCAAGGCCGACACCUUGGACGCCACCGAGGGUGAUGCUGAUGUCAAGCCCAGAACUGGCCGCAACAACCGCCCCCGUGGCAGCCGCAAGUCCAACCGCAACAAGAACGAGGGUGAGGAGGGUACUGCUGCCGAGGAUGUUUCUUCCCCCGCUUCUGCCGACGGUGAGGCCAAGGAGGGUGCUCGUCGCAAGCGCAGCAACCGUCGUUCCGGCCGCAAGGGUGCCAACGGCGACGCUGCCGCCACCGAGGGUGGUGUCGCUGCCCCCUCUGCCCCCUCUGCUCCCCGCCAGGUUGGACCCCCCUCCAAGACCACCGUCUUUGUCGCCAACUUGCCCUUUUCCAUGGAGGAUGCCGGUUUGAAGGAGCUCUUUGCCCAGUUCAAGGUCGCCUCUGCCCAUGUUGUCCGUCGCCGUGGCUCUGGCCGCUCCAAGGGCUUUGGCUUUGUCGAGUUGGUUGACGAGGCCGAGCAGCAGAACGUGAUCGAGAAGAUGAAGGAUGCCACGGCUGAUGGUCGUGAGCUCGUCAUCAAGGUUGCCCUCUCCGAGGAGCACCACUCCGAGAAGGACGGCGAGACCGCUCAGGCUGAGAUUUCCACUGCCUAA